AUGGAGGAAGACGAGGAAGAGGUAAUCGAUGAGGUCUAUAAUGAAGGGCAUGGCAUCGAAAAAGAUCGAAGAAACUAUGUAAAUGAAUACGAAAACAGCAAAGACAGCGACGAUUCAAUGGCUUCUGACGCUUCUUCCGGGCCAAGCUAUCACCAAACGAGCAAUAGAGGUAGACGGAGAGAAGGUCUCGUUUUAAGGAACGGAAAAAGUGAAAGUAAUAGUACGAGUAAUGAUGUUUAUGAUCAUAAACAUGAUGAUAAGAAUAGUGGUAAUCAUAAAUGUAGGACAAAAGAGAAGAAAAAGGGUGAAAGCAAGAGUAGGUCUUAUAAAAAGAAGUAA